AUGUGGGGGGAAAAUACCUCGUUGCCUGCUCUCUUGGAGUCCAUUCAGCAGUAUCUCCUUGAAGAUGAUUUUGAAACCCAAGCCACUAUUCCGCCACUAAAUUUCUUUGACGAUUUAAGCUUCGAUACUCUCUUUUCCGAUGAUUUACCCUUCAAUGUUGAUGAUUUGCAAGACAGUACCACUUACAGUGAUCUUGGAACUAGCUCUGGAUGGACUCCUGUAUUUCAGUUCGAUUCUACAGUUGCAGAAACAGCAGUGCCGAGUACCAUUGACUUUGAAUCUCCAAAAGAGGUUGUGGUGCCGCAAAGCAGAAAUGCUCCUUCUAAAGGUUGGCAAUACAGGGGUGUGAGAAGAAGGCCUUGGGGGAAAUAUGCAGCGGAGAUUAGAGAUCCGAAGAAAAAUGGAGCGAGAACUUGGCUUGGUACUUACGAGACACCCGAGGACGCGGCUGUUGCUUAUGAUCGAGCUGCUUUCAAGAUGCGUGGCUCAAAAGCCAAACUGAAUUUUCCUCAUUUGAUAGGCUGCAGCGACUAUGAGCCAGUUAGAGUGACUAAUAAGCGCAGCUCGCCGGAGCAUUGCUCAUCAUCAUCAAGUUCAUCGUCAUUUUCGUGGGACUUGGAAGAUGGUUCUCCUGAGCCUAAGCGGAGAAUAUGA